CACGUGGUACACUACCUGUCAACAUUAGGCGAUGUUGUCAUGUUGCGUAUUUGUUUUCAAAUUUAUUUUUGGAUAAUUUUUUGGCAAAAUACCCUAUUACACAGCGUAUAAUUAGUUUGUGUUUGUGUUGAUUCGCAUAACUUUUGUAAAGAAAACAGGUUAAGUUGUCGGCGUCAUCCGUCAAAAUAAUUUGAAUUUGAAAUAAAAAAGUCACAAGCACUCACAAGUUUGCAAGUUAAAAUAGUUAUUUCUAUUGAUCUAACAAUAAUGGAUCCAUUGGAGAACGUUGACGAAGUUCUUCGAGAAAUUGAGAGAAAAUAUUCGUUCACGAAUGAUGAGUGCCCCAAGACUGAUUUAGAAGAGCAACUGCAAUUCUUGUCACAGGAUUUUGAGACAUUGGGUCUUCCACCAAUAGACUUAAAAAAGUCUAACGCACAAUUGUUAGAACAAGUCGUGAAUAAUUCUCUGUCGUUAGUUCAGUUACACAGAAAAACGAUAUCUCAGAUAUCUGAUUUGGGUAUUUGCAAUAGGUCAAAAGAGAUAAAAAAUAACGAUUUGGAGAGAGAUAUAUUACAUUUAAAACUUAAACUUAGGACUACUGAAGACCAAAAUUUAAACUUACAAAGGAAAUUAAGUAAAGUAAAUAGCGAAUGUGAAGUGUUGAACAAGAAACUGUCAAUGCAUAACACAGAGACUGACAAAUUGAAGCAAUAUUAUAAAUCAAAGCUGAAUGAAAUGGUUCAUCACAUAAAUAGCUUGAAAAAUGAAAAUCACCAUUUAAGAGAAAUGUGUGGUAAAGAUAUUGACAAGUACUUUAGCAAGGAAGACAAAUUUUUAAAAAUAUUGAAAAAACACAAACAGACUGAAGAAGUGUACAAAAGUGCCUUACAAAAACUUGAAGAUAAUAACACCGAGAUAAUGAAUGAAAUUUUAAAUCUGAAGGAGGAAUUAGCUUUAGCAUAUUUAAAAAAAGAAUAGACAACCAAGCUGUUUUAUGAUUUAAAUUUUUAAGACAUAUUGUG